GGUAAAGAGUAAUUAUUUUUAUUAAUAUACUCAAAUGGGGGUGUUCAAGGAAAUUUUGGCGCGAUUUCCUCGUGGCGGCCUUUCGUAUGUUUUCGCAUAUGGCAGCGGUGUCAAGCAGCAAGUUGGCUAUGAAAAAAUUUCCAAGCAAAAAAAUAACGUUAUUGACCUGAUAUUCUGUGUACGUGAUCCUCUUGGUUGGCAUGCAGAAAAUAUUAAUCGACAAGAAAGUCACUACUCAAUGCUGCACCUGUUGGGUCCCCGUUUUAUCAUGAACUACCAGGAGCACUUAGGAGCUCGUGUAUACUUCAAUACGUUAGUGCCUUUGCCCGACAUUGACGUAACUAUUAAAUAUGGCGUUGUCUCAAGAGAGCACCUACUGGAUGAUUUACUAAAUUGGCGAUAUUUGUACCUUGCCGGGCGUCUUCAAAAGCCUGUAAGGGAAUUGGUACCAACGAAUGGUGACGACGAAUUGAACGAAGCUUUGGCAAAAAACUUAAACAGCGCAUUUCAAGUAGCAUUACUAUUACUACCAGAACAGUUUACUGCCUAUCAACUAUUCCACACAAUUUCCAGUCUUAGUUAUAAAGGUGAUUUUCGAAUGUUAUUCGGUGAGAAUAAGCAAAAGGUGCGCAAUAUUGUUCUGGCCCAAGAGAAAGAUUUCUUGGAUUUAUAUUUUCCAGUAAUGCAAAAUUUAACGGACUAUGUUGCAGCUGAUUUCAAUGCUAAAGAAAUAGGCUCUGAUAAAACCAUUGUGUUGUUUGAACAGGACAAAUCGCUAUUAGCUAGAAUACAUCACCUACGCAAUGCACCCAGUGAAUUACAACGGCGUAUUGUGCAAAAUUCAGCCUUUAGAGGGGAUUAUAUGAAAAUUGUGCCACACUUGGCAGAGUCUCACAAUCUCCUCGAGCUGGUCCAAACUUCAGUAAAUGACAUAGUGUGGCGCAGCAGCAUCACUCAGUCAAUAAAGAACAUCCCCAGCGCAGGUCUCUUUAAAUCCCUUAUAUACAGCUAUCGUAAGGCGCUUAAAACUUUUUCCUAGUCGCUCAACGUACACGAAUGGAACUAUGCCAAAGUUAUUAAAAUGAAAUUUAACUGCAUUAAUUUGCUUUAAAUGCUCAAGUCUUUUAUUUAUAACAGAGACAAUUUCAUGAAUAUGUUAAAGCAUUUAAUUAUUUAAGAAAAAAUAGGAUUUCAGCAAUGUAAAUCUAUAAAAUAGAAACUGGCUAUGAGAUAUAUUUGUAUAUACAAAUAUUUGUUAACUAUUUUUUAGCUUUCUUAACUAUCUAGUGCAAUAAAGUGCAAAUAAUUUACAACUUACAACAUUAACGCAGUUU